AUGUCUGGCCUUUCCACCACCCAUUCUUUUGCCUUCUAUACUGGAGAAGAUGAACUCAUCCAGUUCGAAGAAGGUUUCUAUAAUACUGAUCUUCCCAAUCUGGAGAUCAGCAACUUGGUAUCCGAUGAUUCAAGCUCAAGUUCCUCGUCAUCAUCGUCAUAUGUUUCCUCAAGUACUGGGAACAUUCCAAGAAGUAUUGACCAAACAAUCAGUAGAGUCGAUACCAAUCCACACAGCGGCGAAAAUCAACACUUUAAAGCACCUUUAAAUCCAAGUACUCUUUUUAAUAUAUAUUAA